CGCGCUUAGCUCUGUCUGCAGCGCUGAAUGGCGCCUUUAAUGUAGGAGACAAGAAAAUUCCUCAAGACAACAGUUUAUUUCAUUAAACUCUCAUUCUGUUUUAUACAGUAAUCACUUGAUCGAUAUUGUUGGGAUAGUGACAGCUGGUGCAUGAUGGCUCCAUUCAGUUUAAUGUCAGUCGGUGCUAAUGUUUUGUUGAAGUCAGUGGGACUGUUCUCGAGCGCGUCUGUUGUGAGGUGUUCACGUGUCCUUCCGGUGAUAAAGAGUUUUAGCACCUCAGCCAGGGAUCCGCCCAAGAGACCCCUCACAGCAUAUAUGAAAUAUGUGCAGGACAUGCAGCCCACCUUCAUCAUUCAAAACCCAGGAAUAAAAAAUGUGGAUAUUGUCCGAAAGAUAGCACAGCAGUGGAGAGGCCUCACUCCUGAACAGAAGCAGCCGUUUCAGGAAGUGUCUUUGGCAGCUAGAGAGCAGUACAAGCUUGUUCUGCAGGAAUACAAAGCCCAGCUCACCCCUGCACAGUCUGCUGCUAUCGCAGAGGAGAGAAAACAGAAGCUCGCCAAACGAAAAGCCAUCAGGAAAAAGAAGGAGCUGAAUACUCUUGGCAAGCCCAAACGGCCUCGGAGUGGAUUCAACAUCUUUAUGGCGGAGCACUUUGAGGAAGCCGGAGGAGCUACUAUGCAGGGAAAGAUGAAAUCACUGACAGAUGACUGGAAAAGGCUCAACAUGACACAGAAACAAAUUUACACACAGCUGGCAGAAGAUGACAAAGUCCGUUACAAAAACGAAAUGAAAUCGUGGGAGGAGCACAUGACGGAGAUCGGAAGAGAAGAUCUUGUUCGCAGAAAGGAGAGGAGAUCCCUGAAAGCCACAGCCACCAAGGACAGAAAGAAACCCAGUGUCACAGUGUUGAAGGCAAAAGCCAUGAAAAAGAAAACCUCUGUGAAGAAGACUGAUGCAGGAACAGCUGCCAAAAAGACUGUGAAGAGCACCAAGAAGUGAGGUGUGUGUUUGUGUGUGUUGUAUAAAGGCCAGUUCCGUCCUGAAUAAAGACGCUCUUCUUUCCAUUAAAGCACUUCUAGUGUUUCAAGCUUGAAGGUUUUAGGAGGUCCCCGUAAUUUCAAUAAACCGUUUUCUCGCAGCUUUAAAGUACAGUAUUAUGUUCAGGAUAUUUUAGAUCCCGAGUAACUGUGACUGCUUAUGUAGUGUCAUGCUGCUUUCUGAAGUCUGUUUCUUAACAUGCAUCAGUUUUGCUUUUUGUCUCCCACAGUGAGUUGUGUACCAUGCUUUCCAAAUAGAAAACAGCAGCUUUUGUAUGAUGUCUUUACUUGCAAAAUAAACAUUUACAUUUUCUAUAAACACAACAG